GUAAUUCUCGCCGUUUUUCAUUCUCUUCUCCCUCUUUUCCUAACCAUUUCAUUUCCCUGGAAAAAACCGACACCUCUCUCCUCUCUCUCUCCGUUAAAAAGCUCAAGCACUUUCCAAUGGUGUUCGUCACUUUCUACCCUAACUCCUCUGAAUCAUAUCUUCUUCAAUCAUACCAUUCCAACACAUCAAUCAUAUUCGUAUCUGGGUUUUUUUUCUCGAUUCAGAAAUGUCACAGAAUCGAAGCUUCCAAGACGGUUCACAGCACCAAUCAACAAUGGAUUCUGCUUUUACAAGGUUGCAGCAAGGGUUGAUGAUGACCCCUGAGUCUGAGAUCCAGCAUGUCAUAGAGCCAUUUCUCGAGCCUUUGGUUCUUAAAAUCGUAAGUGAAUUUUCAUCUGCCAAUAAGAUUCAGCAGUUAGAAGAUGGCAAAGGUGACAACAAGACGUCAGAGGAUGACGUUUCUUCUUUAAAGAAGGUGGUGGAGGUGAUGGUGAUACAGAGGGUUCAUCAUGUAAUAGAGCCACUUAUGGAGCAUUUGCUACGUAAAGCUGCGAAAGUAGUAAUUGAAUCUGUUGUGGACAAGGUUUUGACUAGGAACUCUGGGAAUGAGAUGCAUUCUUCAGAACCAAGAAUCCUACAGCUACGAUUUCAAACUCUCUCUGACAUAUGAC